CAUUCUCAUGGCAGCAUGGCGGAAUACGGCAGUGAGAAGAUGGCGGAAGAGGAGCAGAAUUCCAGUGCAGAGAAACUCAAGGAGAAGGCGAAUAACUAUUUUAAAGAUAAGGACUAUGAGAACGCCAUCAAGUAUUACACAGAAGCAGUGGAGCUAAACCCGACCAAUGCCGUCUACUACAGUAACAGGAGUCUGGCGUACCUGCGCACAGAGUGUUAUGGCUACGCGCUGGCGGAUGCCACCCGAGCCCUGGAGCUGGACAAGAACUACAUCAAGGGCUAUUAUCGGCGAGCCACCUCCAACAUGGCCCUGGGCAAGUUUAAAGCAGCGCUCAAAGACUACGAAACGGUAGUUAGAGUUCGUCCCAAUGACAAAGAUGCCAAGAUGAAGUACCAGGAAUGCAAUAAGGUUGUCAAACAGAAGGCCUUUGAACGGGCCAUCGCCAGCGACGAGCUCAAACGAUCAGUAGUCGACUCCUUAGACAUCGAGAACAUGACAAUCGAGGAUGACUAUUCUGGACCUAAACUUGAAGAUGGGAAAGUUACACUGAAGUUCAUGAAAGAGUUAAUGGACUGGUUCAAAGACCAGAAGAAACUGCACAGAAAGUUUGCUUACCAGAUGCUGAUUCAAGUUAAAGAACUGUUAUCCAAACUUCCUAGUCUUGUUGAAGUUUCGUUAAAAGAGACAGAGAAAAUGACUAUUUGUGGGGACACGCAUGGCCAGUACUACGAUCUUCUAAAUAUAUUUGAGUUGAACAGCUUACCAUCUCCAACUAAUCCUUAUCUGUUCAAUGGUGACUUUGUGGACCGUGGCUCUUUCUCUGUAGAAGUCAUUCUCACACUUUUUGGCUUCAAGCUGCUCUAUCCAGAACACUUCCACCUUCUUCGGGGUAACCAUGAGACGGACAACAUGAAUCAGAUGUAUGGGUUCGAGGGUGAGGUGAAAGCAAAGUACACUGGCCAGAUGUUCCAGCUUUUCAGUGAAGUUUUCCAGUGGCUUCCUCUCGCCCAGUGCAUCAAUAACAAAGUGCUGGUGAUGCAUGGCGGACUGUUUAGUGAGGAUGGCGUGACCUUAGAUGACAUUAGAAAGAUAGACAGGAACAGGCAGCCUCCAGACUCUGGUCCAAUGUGUGAUCUCCUGUGGUCAGAUCCUCAGCCGCAGAGUGGACGGUCCGUCAGUAAGCGGGGUGUGAGCUGUCAGUUUGGGCCUGAUGUCACAGAGCGCUUCCUGGAGCAGAACAAACUGCAGUACAUAGUGCGCAGUCAUGAGGUGAAAGCCGAGGGUUACGAGGUCACUCACUCAGGGAAGUGCAUAACUGUGUUCUCAGCGCCAAACUACUGUGACCAGAUGGGAAAUAAAGGAGCUUACAUUCAUCUCAGGGGAUCAGACCUCACUCCAGAGUUCCACCAGUUUAUUGCUGUGCCUCAUCCAAACGUCAAGCCGAUGGCAUAUGCUAACUCUCUGAUGCAGAUGGGUAUGAUGUAGAGAUUUUCCAUUUAUCACACAGCAGCUGCUGAGGUCGGAAGUCCACGCCCCAAUCCCUCUAUAUCCACUCUCACAUUCUUCUCAUCUCUGUUUCAAACAAACUGUAUCUUCCUUGCGGUCACACACACACUUUUCCAGUGCUCGUCAUACCUGUAGUUACAUGGGGAGAAAUCACCGAGUCAUACAUUGGCGAUGCCUUGACUUUCAAAAGGAAAUAGGAAUGUAAUUUGCUCAUUAAUGGAUGUCAUUCUUGGGAUGAUGCUCCCCAAAAGAUCAUAACACCCCCCCAACGCCCCCACUCCCUUGUCAUUUAUGUAUCAGUUCAUGUAGAGCUGCAUAGUUUGAAUUGGAUGUUGCUCUAUGAUAAUGGAGCUGAAUUGUACCAAAGAAUGGGCAAAUGUAUACAAUGCAUCCCACAGUAAGAGUGCUGAUGCAGAGGCAUAAAACCUGAUCAGCGCUUUUACCCAAAGGUGUGUUUCUACAUAGGGCCUUUAUUUUAAAAUUUUGCCCCCAUGAAUACUUCACAAGCCCCCCAUGUUAUUUCAUGUUAGUGAAGUUCUGUCGGGAGGGAGAACAGUGUGUCAUUCCAUUUGUGCAGCAGUUAAUGUGUUGUAUGUGUCAUCUAUCAAAAACCAUUAAAAAGCAUAAUAAAAAAUGAACUUUUUAUAAUAAGCUCCAUCAGGAAACCUGGCCCAGGGCAUCGGUCUAAUCUGUCAAAUAAACAUUACAAAAACGAGUUUAGGUAGUGUGUAACUCCAGUAGUUUUCUUCACACACUCUCUUGCAGAAUGGGCAAAAGUGCAGCAUUGUGAAGCUCAGUUACUGUUUGGUGUUCUCCACUAUGUAGGCAGCUCCCACAUGUUCUCUCUCCCAACAUGCUCGACUGAAAUGCACUGGAGAUCUUCUUUCCCCGUGUACCUUCCACUGUUUGUCUAGCAGAUCCUGAACCCUUUGUGUGGAUUCAAAAUAAUACAGCAGAAACCUACCUUCCUCUCUUUAAGCGCACAGCAGCCAUGUCCCAUGCCCUUGACUUUUUAGAGAAUAUCGUUAUAUACACCAACAUGUGUGUGUGUGUGUGUGUGUAUAUAUAUAUAUAUAUAUAUAUAUAUAUAUAUAUACACUGUAUCAUUGAGAUUUCUGUGGAUGUUUGGAAAAAAGAAGCUAUUGAAUAAAAAACGCCAGUCCAAUAAUACAGAAUGUGCUCAUACCUUUUUUGUGAACAAUAUUUGUGUUUUAGACAUGAGUUGCACACCAGUAGUGACACAGGUUGGCUGCGGCUGAUAAGAAAAGGAGCGUUUCAUUAAUUUAACGGGGACAGAAUGGGAAAAUGUGUCGUUUUAUGUUUCAAUAUUGCACAAUAGGCAACAUGUCUGGCAGUAUGUUUUGAAUAAAAAUUGAAAUACAGAC